AGGUAGUAGUCGAGAAGUCGAGAAGUCGAGUGCCGAUUUGUUCAGGGCCACGUUAUGUAUGGGCAUCACUCGGAGCGUGAGCUUUAGGGAUAGGGUGCGCUGUCGUUUCUUCUUCUCUGUGUACCAUUGGGUUGGUUUUCCAAGUGCAAUUCUCCAGAUUGCUCUGAGUUCCUAUCUUUAUUUGGCAGGUCUCGUCCCAUUGAAUGUUAACUCGACGAAGGGCUCGAGCCUCGCAUAUUUGGGAAGUUCAGAGCAAACUUUACCCAAUGACACCCCUCACUCUAGUGGCCCAGUUUUCACUCAUGAAAGGGAAUACGAGGCGGCAAUUUGGGAUCACGGCGCUUCGGGGAUUCGUACCUCUAUCUACAUUGCACGCCAACGCUCACUUGGGACGCUUGCCCACAGGCAAGUCAAACAUGUCAGUGGGAGAGAUGAUCUAUCUCACGGCAGAUCCAUCGGCUCAUUUUCUGGGUCACAAAUUGUGGUGCGUGAACCAUCUCUCUCUCUCUCCCUCUCUCUAGAUGGGAUUUCCAUCUAGUCAUGGUUAGCUUUGCUCCGGAUUUAUUCCAUUUCCAUUAUUUGAGACUGGAAUAGGUUAUCAACGUCGAGGGACUAGGUGUCCUCUUUCGUACAGAUAGAGUAGUUCAUGCGUUCGCAAAGCACGGGAAAACGAGCGCCACUUCUACGUUUUCGCUGCAUCGCGUCCGAUACCCCCCUCCCCGUUCUUUAUCUUUACAUAGCAUUGUUGUAGAGCUGGUCCUGCAAAUAUUAAUCUUUG